AUGAUAAUGACCCCAACGGAUCCCAUUUCUUCCUUCUUCUUCUUAUUGAAUAUUGGCCAUUCUCCUCCUGGAGUGGCCCGGGCGUUGAAGGUCAAUAUAGCUGCUACACAACCAGAUACAAAGGCAUGUCAUUCCAAAUUGGCCAAAAAUUUAAUAUUUGAGAAGGUUACUUCAUUAUAUCGGGGAAUGGGAGAAGAUGGAAAUUUGUACCAAGAUCAAAUUGAGAGCAUGAUGGAUUUGCAAAUGAAAUCGGUAAUUAAGGAAUGUACCGGAGUUUCCUUAUUGUUCAAUCCGACAGAUAUCAGGUCCUAUCGAUUAGCUCUUUCUUCAGAGACUGACUUGCAAGAGUUGUCCAAAAAAAGUCAAUUCGAACGUGUGAUUCAAGAGAUUUCCCAAUUACCAUUGACCUCAUGUCAACACAAAGUGAUUGAAUCUCUUGUUGGGAAAGAAGCCCUACUAUUUGUUGAAAGGAAGCUGCAAGCCACUACAGGUCGCAUGACCGAGUACUUGAAGAAAACUUUGCAUGACUCUGACAGUACAAAUAACAACGAAGAAGUGACCUGUGGAAAGAUGGUAGACCAAAUUUUUAAUUCCCUUGACACUCUUCUUACCAAAGACGAGAGGCUCUCACUGACAGAGUUGAUACAAGUUAUACCGAUUGGAGGCUCAUUAGUAGUGGUUCAUGAAUCUGACAAAGGUGCUGUCUCCUUGUUUGAGAAUCUUGUUGGGUCUCAUCACGAGUAUGUCAUUUCAAUAUCAUGGCUAUUGAUGUUUAUUUUGGCGAUUUCUGGCGCAGUUAUGCAUUACAUUAAUGUACGUGUUCAAAAAGCACUUAAAAACCAAAUCGAAUGUGUCAAACAAGAAAAGAUACAACAAGAAAUGGUCUUCAACGAAAAGGAAAAGAGUUUCCAGCAGAAUAUUUCCAAUUUGAGUUCAACUCUGGAGAAGAAGGAACAUGAAAUAGUAGAAACCAAAACAUUUUAUGAACAACAAGUCGAGUUGGAGCACCAAAAGCUCAUUGAAUUUGAGAAUAAGGCUUCACAGAUUCAAGAACAAAUUUGUAGCGAGAAUAAGCAACUGGAGAGUCUUCUCAAAGACCGAGAAAUGAAGGUCUCUGCCUUAUCGAGCAGUCUUGAAGCUCUUUCGAAGGAGCGCUCUCAAAUCGAAACAGAAAAACAGCAAUUAACAAGGAAAACUGAAAUUUUAAAUUCCACCCUUGAAGGUACGAUUGAAGAAAGUACUGCAUUGCGAGAUUUGUGCAAUCAAUUGCGAGACGAAUUGAGACAAAAACAUGCACAGUUGGACAGGGCAUUCGUCAAGAAUAUGGAACUUCAAGAAGCCAUGGACAUGUAUGGUACUGAAUUGAAACGUAUGAAAGAGGUUAUUGAGAGUGUGUCUGAGCAACACUUACGAAACACAGCUGAAAAGCAGCAACUCGAAGAAGAAUAUCGAUAUCUGACCAUGGAAAAGCUUUCAUUCGAACAAGAACGAAAGGAUUAUCAAAUGAAAAUUGAACAGUUGUUGCAGCAACAAGCGCUCACCGAACAAUUUAUUGAAUCUGAGAAGGAACGCCUUCAACAAUUGUUUAAGAAACUCGAAGAUGAAAUGAAUAGUGUUGAAAAGGAACACUUGCUCAAUGUUUGUCGAAUGACCGAAACCAAACAACAAACACAAUUGGAUAAGGAAGCCACCAUCAUUACUCAAAUUUUGAAUCUAAAAAAGAUGGUGUCACAAGCCAGUUUAAUGGGCGGAGUAAUGCUGACCUCAUCUCCAAGAAGCCCCUCCUCGUCACGAAGCAACAACAAUAACACUCUUGCAAAUAAUACACGAAAGGAUAGAGACUUGAAUGCAGCUGAAUCCAGGCAACAUGCUACGACGAAUAGUGGUCUUUCAAAGGAAAAGGACAUGAUCUACACAAGCAUGCCACCUUUGAGGGUUUUCAGCUCUCCUCGAAAGUUACAAUAA